CCAGUUUAUUAAAUGGGACCACAAACGUUCUAGUUUUUGCACGUAAUUUGACUCAUGUAUCACGUGGACUGUCCUUGACCUUAGAGCUUGUGAUUUGGUGAUGUCAGCGUAUUUAAAGGAGCAGUUGCACAGGUGCCACAUAAAGUGAUUUUUUUUUAAAAGGAAAGCAAAUAAAAUUCUGCAUAUAAAAUUAUACCACACAGUUGCGUUAUGCUGAAAAGUGUACCAAAGGGUAAGCUGACUGUUGUCCGCGGUGUCGUCAUAAACAUCAUAUCCUCUUGGAGCGCGAGGAGAAGUACUGUCUGCGCUACAUCAAAAAGCCCCGGAUAAUUUCAGUAGCACCAAGCAGCAUUUAACUAAACAGGAGGAGACCGUUUCUGUCCUGUCCUGUGUACAAAGGCGCAAGAUAUCUGGUCAUGGAUAGUUCAGAGGAUACCAAAAAUGUCAAAGAGCGAGCUGGCAGACGCCCGACUGACGCUUCUUUUGUUGAGACCAACGCUGAAGGCUGCGGACUGAGAGGAGUCCAGGCGGACGUCCGACACGAGGUGCUGCAGCUCCUAAAACUGGCAGGACCUGUGGUCAUUUCCCAGCUGAUGGUCUUUCUGAUCAGCAUCAUCAGCCUGGCGUUCUGCGGUCACCUGGGGAAGACGGAGCUAGCAGCAGUAUCACUGGCAGCUGCGGUGGUGAACGUCACCGGUAUUUCUGUCGGCACGGGUUUGUCUGCAUCUUGCGAUACCCUCAUAUCUCAGACCUAUGGGAGCGGUAACCUGAAGCGUGUGGGUGUGAUUCUCCAGAGGGGGGUUCUGAUUCUGCUGCUGGCCUGUUUCCCCUGCUGGGCCGUCCUCAUCAACACCGAGCCCCUCCUGCUGGCUGUCAAGCAGAGUCCAGAGGUUGCCAGUCUGGCCCAGCUGUAUGUGAAGAUCUUCAUGCCGUCUCUUCCAGCUGCUUUUAUGUACCAGCUGGAAGGGAAGUACUUACAAAACCAGGGAAUCAUGUGGCCUCAGGUUGUAACUGGAGCAGUUGGGAAUGUCCUCAAUGUCCUCAUCAACUAUGUCUUCCUCUAUCAUCUGGAGCAGGGUGUAGCGGGAUCUGCAGCAGCCAACACCAUCUCUCAGUACCUGCUGGCUUUACUCCUGCAUGUUUACAUCUGGUGGAGGGGUCUUCACAAAGCCACAUGGGGAGGUUGGUCACUCGACUGCCUGCAGGAGUGGGGUCUCUUCAUAAAGCUGGCCAUUCCCAGCAUGUUCAUGAUCUGCCUGCCAUGGUGGAUUUUUGAAGUAGGAGGAUUCCUGGCUGGUGUGAUCAGUGAGGUUGAACUGGGGGCUCAGUCUAUUGCGUACCAGCUGUGCAUUGUGGCUUACAUGUGCCCUCUUGGAUUUUCUGUUGCCGCUGCUGUCCGGGUCGGGAAUGCUCUUGGUGCCGGAGACAUACAACAGGCCAAGCUGUCGUGUAAAGUCCCAAUCAUCUGUGCAUUCAUUGUUGCUUGCUUUGUUGGAGUUUGCGUCAGCAUCACCAGAAACAUCAUUGGAUUCAUUUUCACCUCAGACCAGGACAUAAUUCAGAGGGUUGCAGAUGUAAUGCUUAUAUUCAGCUUCAUGCAUGUCAGCGAUGCGACUGCGGGUGUAGCCGCAGGAGUUCUCAGAGGAGCUGGAAAACAACUGGUUGGCGCCAUUUUUAAUAUAGUGGGCUUCUACUUUAUAGGGUUUCCCAUAGGCGCAACCCUCAUGUUUGCUGCAAACAUGGGGAUUACUGGACUGUGGACCGGACUUACAAUUGCUGUUUCACUACAGGCAUUUUUCUUCGUUGCGUUUUUGUGCAAACUUGAUUGGAAAAAGGCUUCAGCGGAGGCUCAAGUCAGAGCAGGAGUUCAGCUCAUGGAAGAAAAAGAAACAUUUAAUCUGGAACAAUUAGAUUUAGAGUCAAGUCAGAACCAGAUCCAGGUUGGCUUUACUCCAAGCAGAGGUACCAACGAGGAAGAGGGUGUCGUCCAGAGUCCAGGCCGGAGAGAGUUCGCCACCUCCACAGUGGGGGACGUGCUGCCGGUUAAACAGCUGGUCGUACGACGUGGACUGACACUUUUGAUCAUGAUCGUCAUCCUUGUGGUUGGAGUCAUCAGCAGCAAUUUGAUAGUCACUCUGUUUUGAUGAUUUUUCCCUACAGACGAUGGUGUGAAUCUGGUUCUUGGUGCAACUUACAGAAAGCUGGUUCUGUUCUGUUUGUUUGUAUCACCAACAGAACCUUACAGAUUGAAUGAGGACUUUAAAACAGUAAAAGUGGGACAAAAAGAGAAGUGCCUUGCAAAAUAAUCAAAUCCUGUUGUACUAGUUCAGACUGUGUGACACUGCAAAUCCCAAACCUCAGUUAUCUAGACUAUGCGAAUACAAAGAAGCACUUUUUUUGAGAGAUGAAAGAAAAACGAUUUGUGUUUUUUCAAUAAAGGUUUCUGUGCACAUGUA